UGAGGGGCGGGUGGGCUCUGCGCCGGAAGUGUCUUGCAGAUAGUAAAUAAGCCCCAAAAGGCCAAAGAAACGCUGUCUCCAUCUUGUCUGCACCCGCGGCUACUGCGACGUUGCGGAGAUGGGGAGCGUCCUGGGGCUGUGCUCCAUGGCGAGCUGGAUACCAUGUUUGUGUGGUAGUGCCCCAUGUUUGCUGUGCAGAUGCUGUCCUAGUGGAAACAACUCCACUGUAACUAGAUUGAUCUAUGCACUUUUCUUGCUUGUUGGAGUGUGUGUGGCUUGUGUAAUGUUGAUACCAGGAAUGGAAGAACAACUGAAUAAGAUUCCUGGAUUUUGUGAGAAUGAGAAAGGUGUCGUCCCUUGUAAUAUUCUGGUUGGCUAUAAAGCUGUAUACCGUUUGUGCUUUGGCUUGGCUAUGUUCUAUCUUCUCCUAUCUUUACUAAUGAUUAAGGUGAAGAGUAGCAGUGAUCCUAGAGCUGCAGUGCACAAUGGAUUUUGGUUCUUUAAAUUUGCUGCAGCAAUUGCAAUUAUUAUUGGGGCAUUCUUCAUUCCAGAAGGAACUUUUACAACUGUGUGGUUUUAUGUAGGUAUGGCAGGUGCCUUUUGCUUCAUCCUCAUACAGCUAGUCCUACUUAUUGAUUUUGCCCAUUCAUGGAAUGAAUCAUGGGUUGAAAAAAUGGAAGAAGGGAACUCGAGAUGUUGGUAUGCAGCCUUGUUAUCAGCUACAGCUCUGAAUUAUCUGCUGUCUUUAGUUGCUAUCGUCCUGUUCUUUGUCUACUACACUCAUCCAGCCAGUUGUUCAGAAAAUAAGGCGUUCAUCAGUGUCAACAUGCUCCUCUGCAUUGGUGCUUCUGUAAUGUCUAUACUGCCAAAAAUCCAAGAAUCACAACCAAGAUCUGGGUUGUUACAGUCUUCAGUAAUUACAGUCUACACAAUGUAUUUGACGUGGUCUGCUAUGACCAAUGAACCAGAAACAAAUUGCAACCCAAGUCUACUAAGCAUAAUUGGCUACAAUACAACAAGCACAAUCCCAAAGGAAGGUCAAUCAGUUCAGUGGUGGCAUGCUCAAGGAAUUAUAGGACUAAUCCUCUUUUUAUUGUGUGUGUUUUAUUCAAGCAUCCGUACUUCGAACAAUAGUCAGGUUAAUAAACUGACUCUAACAAGUGAUGAAUCAACAUUAAUAGAAGAUGGUGGAGCCAGAAGUGAUGGAUCACUGGAGGAUGGUGAUGAUGUUCAUCGAGCUGUAGAUAAUGAAAGGGAUGGUGUCACUUACAGUUACUCCUUCUUUCAUUUCAUGCUUUUCCUGGCUUCACUUUAUAUCAUGAUGACCCUUACCAACUGGUACAGGUAUGAACCCUCUCGUGAGAUGAAAAGUCAGUGGACAGCUGUCUGGGUGAAAAUCUCUUCCAGUUGGAUUGGCAUCGUGCUAUAUGUUUGGACACUGGUGGCACCACUUGUUCUUACAAAUCGUGAUUUUGACUGAAUGGGACUUCUGGCAUGAAAGUCUCACUUUGAUCAUUACUCAUUUGAAAAAAAUAUUCCCAACUUUUGUAAAGUUGUGUGUGUACGAGCUUCCCAUGUUACUUCUCCAGUGUUGUUCUGGCAUGAAUUAGAUUUUACCGCUUGCCAAUUAUUAUUUUCUUGCCAAGUGCAUUGAUAAGUGAAUUAGAAUGAAUUGUAAAGGGAGAGUUUUAUGAGUAUGAUGUUAACAUUGUUAGGCUUAUCCUCUGCCCUGUAUCUGUGAAAUUAAGAGUGAAAACAAAACUACUUGACAGUUUGAGUUUAAAAUUGUGUUAGACCUUAAGCUGUUUCAGAAAGCAUAAAAGCAAAUAUAUGGCUGCCUUUUGAAAUAUUUGAUAUUUUGUCUUUCAGGAGACUGCAAAGAAGGUAGCUGUUGUAAAAUGUCAGUUGUCUGAAAAAUCUUUUAAGGUUUUUCCCUUGAUAUGAGAGUAAGGAACUUAUAACAUGAGUGUUUGCUGGACAGUAGUGUAGGUUUUAUGUAUGGAGGUUGAAGCACAGAGUCAUUAAAGACAGGCUGGUGGUGAUAGGUACUAAAUUGAAUACCCAGUGAGAUUAUAAUCUUCCUUGGGUAGAGACGACUUUCACUAAAAAAAUGAACUUUGUUUUGGUCAUUAUAAACCCAUGCAAAAGUUUGGGUUCAACAAAGAUACUAGGAACUGAAGGAUUUAGACAAGGUUAUGGAAAGGAUAAUCAUGAGUUAGAAGGAAGUUAUUGAAAGCCAUUUGAAAGUUUUGAAAAUCAAAGGUGGUAAAUUUUUGAAAGGGCAAGAAGAAACUGCAAAAUGCUAGACUUCAGUAGGUACUUAGAUAAAAUCUAAUCCAGUUCUCUCAUUUUAAAAAUGAAGAAAAUGAAGGUCAGACUUAAAUAGCUCAAUAGCUAAUUAGUGGCAAAGCUGGGAAAUUCCAAGUCUGCCAACAAUACCUAGCAUUCUCUGUGACAUUUAAAAAUAAUUUCUAUUCAAAAUACAUGCUUAAUUGAUUUUAUCAUUACUAGUGGAUAAUUUAUGUGAUGUGAAUUGCUGAUCUUCAGCAUGCCUUCUGCCCAUAAACUGAGGUCAGCAGAAUGAUGAAAUAUUUUAGAAUAAACUCCUGCUUACAGUACACUACAGUUUAAAAGAUGUUUAAAGUGCUUUUGUAUUUACUUCCAAGUAGCUGAAAUAUGUAGAUUAUUAGAAUCUUUCAACCUGAAAAUCAAGCAUUAUGACAGUAAACUUAGGUAGAAACUCUUAGUUAUUUGUUAUGUGUCAUUAGUGUCUAAUUAAGCUUUUGAAAUCUACAUUUGCUGCUUUAAAAGUAUUUAUUAAUACUUAAUAUAACAAUUCAACUUAUUCCGAAACCUUAUUGUGUGUGUUGAUAGUGUUCCACGAUUUUGAAUGGCUGUGUUUUAUCUCUAAAUAAAUAAAUUCAGAGAAAGUG